CCAGCAUGCCCUUCGAUGUCCUCUCUCUUUUCGAAGUUGACGAGGCCGAACUCUCCAUGAACGCCGACCGUGGACACCCCAAGCAUCCCAGACUCAUUCUCACGCACGCUGGGGCACCUCGUCCGACGAUCCGCAAGUUGAAUAUAUCUCGAGGAGAGUGCUUCUCUCUGCUCAAUCACAGUCUGGGGGGGCUUAACAGCACGGAACUUCGCGUAGUCGAACUCAACCCCCCUACUUUCGAAGCGGUGAAGUUUGCGGGCCGUCUUAUUCGCCACUACGGGCAGCACCUCUCGCAACUCCGGCUGGACAUCUGUGUGACCCUGGAAAAUCGCCUGUCUACGGGACCAGAUGUUUGGACCGCAUGCAACAUGGCCUCUUGCAUGGCUCUCGACAUUUUGGAGCUCACCUGGACCAAUUUCAACCCAUGGGGGAAAGACGCCGAGGAGCACAACAUCACGCGCAGAGAAGUCUUCCGAAACAUCGUCUCCACUCUCCCUGCAACGCUUCGCGAGCUCUCGAUCCCCAUCUCCCCCUCAUACGAAGUGCCAGAAUUCACGGAAUCAGCGUCGUAUGUCACGCCGGUGAUAGAACAUGCCGCUAGGAGGCUCCCCCACCUCGAGCACGUCACCCUAGUGAUUGCGCGGCGUCUCACUCUGAAGGAUGCGAAGGAGGUCAUGCACGGUAUGCUCUCCAAGGACGUCAUAGAGCGCGGCCUUGUGCGGUUUAAACAUAGACUCUGA